UGAAUAAAUAUUUUAUGUAUUAUAAAUAUUAAGUUUUUAUUCCCAAUUUGUCAAAUAGGUUGUAGUGAAUUUGUAUAUAAUAUAUUGUAAAUUGCACCUUCCUGUGGUUGAAGUGUUCCAUUUAUAAGAUAUAAUAAAUUAAUAUUCUAAAUGUCUACUGUUUUCAAUGAAGAUACAGUUCGUAAUUUGACAAGAAAUGUUAAUGUGCCUCUUGUAUUUCGUAAGUAUAUUAGUAAUUGGCCGAUAUGCCAGUGGAAUAUCGACAAAUGGAGCACCGUGUUCGGUGACAGACAAAUACCAUUUCGGUGUAUGAGAAAAGAUUUCGUGUCUGACGAACCUUGCUGGGAACGACAAUGUAAAAUCAAAUCAAUGACUUUCAAAAAUUUUCUUGAUGGAUCAUCGUCUAGUAAUGAAUGGAUGUAUUUUGAUUAUAAAUAUUUACAUCAGUGGUUUAAUGCUGAUACUGAAUUAUACAAGGAAGUGUCAUGGAAUCAAUUUGGAUAUGCUGAAAAAGGUGCCACAGACAGUACUCUUUGGGUGGGAAGUAGUGGAGCUCAUACUCCAGCACACCAGGAUACAUAUGGCAUAAACAUUGUAGCACAACUUUAUGGGACGAAACGUUGGAUACUUUUUCCUCCUGAAACAGGUGGACUUAAACCAACAAGAGUGCCUUAUGAAGAAUCUAGUGUUUACAGUGCACUGAAUUUCUAUUGCCCUAAUAAUAUGGAUGUAUUCAAUGGUUUGACUGGUGGCCGGAUGGUGGAAUUGGCACCAGGAGAUGCAUUGCUAGUCCCUCGUGGAUGGUGGCAUUAUGUUCAGAAUACAGACUGUGUCAACAUAGCAUUGAAUGUGUGGCUACCUCAUGAAAAAGAUGUCUCCACACGGGUUUCUGAAGCUCUUAUAAAAAUAUUAGUUGCUCAAUUAUGUAAGGAUUUGCCGCAGGAAACUGCCAAAUUGCUGGUUAACCCCAAUGAAGAUGACAUAGCUGAUACACCACUCGCAGUGUUGUUUCUACAAUUGGAGACAGUGGCUAAUAUCUACUUAGACAAAAAACGUAAGUUGCGUCGCGUCAAACGGCAGAGAACUUGUGAAGAGGACACUACAGUACCAAUUGAAGAGGAGUAUGAUCUGAAAAGUUUAUUGGAUGAGCCGACUAAUAAUUUAGAAUUAGCUCCAAGUAUUACCAGUGCGGAUCUAACAAAACUUUUAAAGGAUAACCUUGCAAAAUAUGUUAAUACUAACAGAUCAUUUGAUGAGGAUGAAGUUGACGGUACCACUAAUAAUUUAUGUUUAACAAAGGCCGUUAUAGACGCGUUUAGUCAAAGCAAUGUAAUAGAUUUGGUAAAGCAGAAUCUGCUUGCGCGAUUAAGUUAGUCUAUGGAUUCAUAUUUCAGAAUUGUAAUUUCUCAUAGCUUGUUAUGUGCUUUAUUUUUAACUAAUUACGUAUGCUGCUCUAAUAGUAGUUAUUAGCAUAAUACGUUUUCUAUUACAGUAUUCGCUAUAAGUGAGUAGAUAACUAUUUAGUGAUGGUGCUCAGAUUUAUUUAUGAAACGGUAUAAUUUGAUCUCUAAGAGUUAUACAUUACUAAAAUUAUGUUUUACUCAAAUAUUCGAUUAAUAUACGCCUUUCAAAUACAGAUUUUGAGUAUGUUAGAUUAAUUUUUCCAAUAGUCGUUAUAUAGCUUCUUUAUAUUAUUGGUAAUGGUAAGUAGAUUAAUUUUCUAGAUAUAUGUAAAUUUGUAAGUCGCCGGAAAUCUCCAAGGAUAAUGCGGAGAAUAUUGUGCCGCCUAUAUCACUCUAUAUUAGCUUCCACUCCUCAAGAGCAAUAAUUUAAUCAAAGCUAAGAAAGAACAUGCAAACUUUGCCACAUCACGUCAAAGAUUGCAUUGUUCUUUCGUAGGUCUUAGGCAGAAAAAAUAACAUCAUAUGCUGGUAAGAUUUUUAUAAAAAUGAGUACUGAAAAUCUUAUUAUAGCUUAAGAUAACGCACGUUCAUUCUCUAUACCUGUAAAUUUGAUUUUCCGUAAAUCCGUAUGAAAAGGAAGUAAAAAAUAAAAUAAAACAAAAUUGUAACCUUUAUUGUUUACUAUUAAAUGUAGACCGAGUGAUCUUUGCUAUCACAUUUGUGAGUGAUAAUGUUUAUUUAAUUUUGUGAUAUUAGUAAUCGUUUAAGUAGUUUAGUAAGCUUUUCAAUAAGAUUGCAAAAAUUACAUUGUUAAAUUAUUGGAAACCAUUUUCUUACUAGUCGUUAAGAUAAAA